AAUAACAAAACCAAUAAGGUUUCGUCGUUACCCACUACCUUUGUUUUGAUUUCAUUACAAAACACAACAACACAUCAUUUCAUAUCAUAUUAUCAUUGCAACAUCUCUCUAGAUUUUAUUACAUCGCUCGAAAGAUUUCAAUUGUCUUCUUGCGUUCAAGACAAAAAAAAAAACACAUCGAUAAUGGGAGCUUACAGAGCCGACGACGACUACGAUUAUCUCUUUAAAUUAGUACUGAUCGGAGAUUCCGGCGUCGGAAAAUCCAACCUUUUGUCUCGAUUCACCAGAAAUGAAUUCAGUAUCGAGUCAAAGUCAACCAUCGGUGUCGAAUUCGCUACAAGAAGCGUUCAUGUCGACGAGAAAGUCAUCAAAGCUCAGCUUUGGGACACCGCCGGUCAAGAAAGAUACAGAGCAAUCACGAGUGCAUACUACAGAGGAGCAGUAGGGGCUCUUCUAGUAUACGACAUAACUCGACACGUAACGUUUGAAAACGUUGAACGAUGGCUCAAGGAGCUUCGUGACCAUACAGAUGCUAAUGUUGUGAUCAUGCUUGUUGGAAACAAAGCUGAUCUUCGCCAUCUUCGUGCGGUCCCCACAGAAGAAGCUAGAUCGUUCUCUGAAAGAGAGAACAUGUUCUUCAUGGAAACUUCUGCUCUCGAUGCUACAAAUGUUGAGCAAGCUUUCACUCAUGUCUUGACUCAGAUCUAUCGUGUAAUGAGUCGUAAAGCUCUUGAUGGCACUGGAGAUCCAACGUCUUUGCCUAAAGGACAGACAAUUGAUAUCGGAAACAAAGAUGAUGUUACUGCUGUUAAAUCCUCUGGUUGUUGCUCAGGU